AUGUGCAGCACCUUGGGGCUGGCCCUGCUGGCUCUGGUGGGCGCUGUGGCCCCGAGCCAGGCCAGCGGCUUCACAGAAAAGGGCCUCUCCCUGUUGGGCUACCAGCUGUGUGACUACCGCGUGACCCGCAGUGUGCAGAGAGUGCAGGCCGUGCAGACGUCCCGCGUGACCUACAUCGCCUGCGGGGGCUGGAUCCCGUGGAGGCGGUGCCCCAAGACCGUUUACAGGACCCAGUACGAGGUGGUGGAAGUCCCCGAGCCCAGGAACGUGACCGACUGCUGUGCCGGCUACGAGCAGCUCGGCCUCUACUGCGUCCUGCCCCUGAAUCGGUCUGGGGAGUUUGCAGCGAGACCUGGGGCCUGCCCGACGGCAGGGCCUGCUCCGUCCAGCCUCACGUGCAGCGUGGACUCCGACUGCCCCGGGCUUCAGAAAUGCUGCCCCCGGUCAGGGGGGCGCCGCUGCCUGGUCCCCACACCCCCAGCUCCAGCGAGGACCUCGGGGAGCUUCUGGUACAAUGUCACCGUGCUGGUGAAAAUGGACUUCCAGGACCUGGAGCAAGUGGACCCCAGGCUCCUGAACCACAUGCGCCUCCUGCACUCCCUGGUCACCAGUGCGCUGCAGCCGCUGGGCUCCACCGUGCACCACCUGCACUCGGCCGGCGGGGACACCUCCACCACAGUGUCGCGGCUACUGCUGGGCCUGCCGCGGCUGUUGCCCGUGGCCAACGUCUCUGCCACGCUGGACGAUGUCGUGAGAAGGGUCUAUGAAGUGAUCCGCAUCCAGGUGCAAGAUGUCAACGAAUGUUUCUACGAUGCCCUCAACGCCUGCCCUGCAGGGGAACCGUGUGCAAACCUGGAGGGCUCCUACCGGUGCGUCCGUGCUCAGGAGUCUCCAGCCUUGGCAUCCCAGGAGCUGGACCACACGAGUGACGAUUGUCCUCCAAUCCGUGACUACAUGGUCCUCAACGUCACCAGCAGCAGUUUCCGCGUGUCCUGGAGUGUCAAUGCCAGCUGGAGCCGCACUUUCCACGUCCAGGUGUUCAGGGGUGAGGAGCUGCUCCGGAGCGCCGGGACUGAGGGCCGGGCCCUGGCGGUGGCCGGGCUGGAGGCUGGAGUGCUGCACAGGGUGAAGACCAGCUACCAGGGCUGCGGGGCCAACGUCUCCGCCGUACUGACCGUCAAAACUGAUGCCCGAGUGUUUGAAGUCACAAUUAGGAUCCUAAACCGCAACUUGACAGAGGAGUUACUCAACCGCAGCAGUGUGGAGUACCAGGACUUCGCUAGACAACUGCUGCGCGAGGUCGAGAACUCCUUCCCCACGGCAGUUGCUGACCUGCACCGAAGUGGGAAGCUGAGGAUGCAGAUUGUGUCUCUCUGGGCGGGGAGCGUGGUUGUGAGGCUCAGACUCACGGUGCAGGACCCUGAGUUUCCGGUGGGCAUCUCCACACUGUCCCCCAUGCUCCGGCCCCUGCUGGCAAGCACAGUGUUCCAGAUCGACCCGCGGGGGACACGCGUGCAAGACUGGGACGAGUGUGCGGACAGCUCGGAGCACGACUGCUCGCCGGCCGCCCGCUGCAUCAACCUCGAGGGCUCCUACACCUGCCAGUGCCACACGGCCAGGGACGCCAACCCUGCCCGGGCCGGCCGGGCCUGUGAGGGUGACGUGGUGAGCCCCCCAGACAGUGUGCUGACUUUGGCAACGGCUCCCAGCACGGGAGCAACAGCCCUCGGCCCGGAGACCUCCCCCUUGUCACCCAGCCCCAUGCUCCUGCGGGGCACCUCGGCAGCAGGCCAGGCCCAGACCCCAGGGCCCCCGGCCAGGAGAGGGGGCAGUGGCACCGUCGGGAACUACAGGAACAGCACAGGGCAAGGAGUGGAGGAGGAGUUACUGGGAAACUCCAGCACGGAGCCCCCCUCCUGGCCCAGCCCUGCCGAGGGCCCCACCGGCCACGUCGUGUGGCACGCCAGCCUGCCCACGUGGGAGACACUUCUGAACUCCACGUGGCUGCGGAACGAGGAUCCUGGACGUUCUCGCCCUGCAGACCUGCCAUCAGCCCCCACGUCUCUGAAGCCCCCCGCCUGUGGUCCUGUCUCCAUCGGGAGGAUAACGGUCUCCAACGUGACCAGCACGGGCUUCCACCUGGCGUGGGCGGCGGGUCUCACCCCGCGCCCCGCUUUCCAGAUCCUCCUGACUUCCACGCGGGGCCCCGAGGUCGGCCUGGAGACCCGGGACACGAGUGUGACGCUGUCGGGGCUGGAGCCCGGCGUCCUGCACCUGGUGGAGAUAGUGGCCACGGCGUGCGGGCAGGAAGGUGCCAGAGCACACCUGAAAGUGCGGACAGCGGCCCAGAAACUCAGCGGACAGGUCAGAAUCGCAAACGUGCGGUACCUGGACUCCUUCCGCAACACAAGCAGCCAGGAGUAUCGAGACUUCCUAGAACUCUUCUUCAGGAUGGUGCGGGACUCCUUGCCAGACACGCUGCUCCAGCAGGUGGACGCCGGCGGCAUCAGAGUGGAGGUUGCCCGCGUCGCCAACGGCAGCGUGGUGGUGGAGUUUCACUUGCUGAUCAUCGCGGACGUGGAUGUCCGGGAGGUGUCCGCCGCGUUCCUUGCGGCCUUACGGAACGCGACUCUGCUGGAGGUGGUCAGAGGCGACACCUUCAUAUGGGAUUACGAUGAGUGUGAGAGGAAGGAGGACGACUGUGUGCCGGGGACGUCCUGUCAGAACACCCUCGGGUCCUUCACUUGCCGCUGUGAGGGCAGAGCCCCUGAUUUCCAUGUGGAAUAUUCUGGAAGACCCUGUGAAGGUGUCUCUCCUGGCAGUGCAACCUGGGCCCCCGGCCCAGAGCAGACCCCAAGCCCUGCAGGAACCAGGGCUGCCCUUGUGCAAGGUGCCAGCCCCACCCCCCGGGUCCUGCCCCAGCGGCUGAACCUGACCGGGGCGGUCAGGGUGCUCUGCGAGAUCGAGAAGGUGGCCAUCACCAUCCAGAAGCGCUUCCUGCAGCAGGAAUCCAUCCCUGAGUCCUCCCUGUACCUGGGACACCCCUCCUGCAACGUCAGCGACAGCAACAGCACGCACGUGCUCCUGGUGGCCGGCUGGAGCGAGUGCGGAACCGUCGUGCAAAGCAACAUGACGAGCACGGUGGUGAGGACCACGCUGCGGAACGACCAGUCCCCGGAGGUAGUCAUGCACUCGCUGAAGAUCCUCAGCCCCAUCCGCUGCGCCUUCCAGAACGACCUGCUGGCGUCCUCGGGCUACACCCCGCAGUGGGGGGUCUACACCAUCAUCGAGGACCUCCACGGCGCUGGAAGUUUUGUCACCGAAAUGCAGUUAUUUAUUGGAGAUUCUCCCAUACCUCAAAAUUACAGCGUGUCCGCCAGCGACGACGUCAAGAUCGAAGUCGGGCUCUACAGGCAGAAAAGUGGCCUCAAGGUGGUCCUGACCGAGUGCUGGGCCACCCCCUCCAGCAACGCCAGGGACCCGGUCACCUUCGGAUUCAUCAACAACAGCUGCCCUGUUCCUAACACGUACACCAGCGUCAUCGAGAACGGCAACUCCAACAAGGCCCAGUUUAAGCUGAAAAUCUUUUCCUUUAUCAACAACUCCAUCGUCUACCUGCACUGCAAACUGCGCGUCUGCAUGGAGUCCCCGGGGACCACCUGCAAAAUAGAUUGCAAUGAUUUUCGGCUCCUGAAAAGUAGUGACAACUCUGCUACACACCAGACAUCCUGGGGACCCCUCCUUCGGUCCGAAGGUGAGUCUCCAGGUGCGGAGCCAGGCCUGGGCGUUGGCUAUGUCAUCUUCAUUGCGGUGGCCGUCCUCGUCCUGGUGGCAGGGGCAGCUGCCCUUCUGAUCCUGCACUACCGAAGAAUGAACGGAAAAUACAACUUCAAAAUCCAGUCCGACAACUUCAGCUACCGAGUGUUCUCCGAAUGA